UAUCGCUGUACGUGAGCCGCUUCUCCGCUCACACUAUGCAGCGUGACAGUUAAGCUGUAAAUCAACAGUCAAAAUUUUUAUGCAACUUGUCUCGCUGCAUUUUUCCACUAAUUGUAGCACUCUAUGUUCUGAGUUGUUUAAGGUUUUCGCUUUUCCGUCGUAUCACUUGCGCGUGAGAAGAAAACACUGCACUUCCCAUUCAUUUCCUUUCGCGUUUUAGCGAGCUGCGCUGGGGACCAUAUUUUUGGACAACUACAUGUAUAACGGAAAAACGUGAACGGCUGUAGCCUGUAGAAGGGCUAUUCACCCUCCCAAAUGGAUGUCUUGCGAUUAUCAGAAGAUCAUCAUGAGUGGCUAAAAGAACUAUGUACACAUGUGGAGAACGAUUUUGUUCAACUCGUUGAAGAUGUGGCUGGCAGUUUGCUGGAUGCCAAUUAUAAAACGAACAUCAAUAUGGAGGCAUCUCCCACUUUGAAACGAGGCACUGCGGCCUUAGGAGCACUGUUGGUGGAAGCUAGCAAACGGGAUUCUGCUCCGGACGCCGUAGCACUGUAUCUGCAAGCCAUUGACAUUCCGGAAAAACACUGCGCAGAUAUUGUUGAAUCGUAUCGAAAAAGAAAAAUGGAACUGCGUCGCACUGGUUCAUCAGUUGGAUUCUCGUUUCCCCAGAUUGUUGAUGUUAAUUGGCGGUUGGAUUAUGCCGUGACGAGCAAAAAUAUGUCACGGACUGCAGAGCCAGGUUACAAAGUUUAUUUCGAAACUAUGUCAAAAGAACACGGAUUGGAUAGCAUCAGUUUUGCCGCAUCCGUGGAAGAUUUACAUGAAAUUGUUUGGAAACUGCGAGAAGCUGUAAAAUCUGUGGAAAAACAUGCCGGGGGAUCCUAAGAGUUUGUGUUUUGCACUUGAUCGCGACCUUUUCUUGUGAUUUAAUGUGACUUACUAAUUAAUAAGAGUAGAUUAUUCUGUUCCUUUUAGACUGACACAAUCUUACAAUUACCUAUAACGGCAUUUGACGCUGAUUUUCUAAAGCAAGCGUACAUUUUCAGUUUUGCCCGCUGUCGUAUUCUUAACCAAAACAAAUGUUUUAUCGUAUUCAGUCCACGGUAGUGUGCUUUCUGAAAUUUAACCUGAUUUGAAGAAAUCUUCAAAUUUAUCUUUUUGCUACUGCUUGUUUGUUUUGAAAAAAACAGUGGAGUAUCCUCCAUUCCAUGUAUAUCUGUAGACUCUUGAAUUACGUUUUGCUCAGUCCUAACCACUGCUUGUGAUUCUUUCCAAUUGAUGAAAAAGACUGUAGUCUGCUUUAUUA